ACAUCUACACAAUUUUUUGUUCUUAUUUGUUUGGGCCACAAAUUAAAUAAUUUUGGGUGUGUGAGUGUGAGUGAGGUGUUGGGAACUUGGAGUAAACAUGCCUUUGAGUCUGCCCAGGCUCACGAGAUGUUGUUUUUGCUUAUCACUAAGAACUGGUUCACUGAUUAUCGGAUAUGUUUCAAUCUUGCUCUCCCUACUGUUUAUGGCGACAACGUCCUACUUCCUAUACAUGGUGGUGAAGUUUGUGGAGGAAAAUAAAGACAAGCCGAACCCGGAGCACCCUCCAGAUGAGCUGGCGCAGGUGGCCCUGGGGCUCUACGUCUCGCAGGCGUACUACCUGCUCGUGUAUCUGUACCUGAUUGUGAUUAGUGUGAUGCUGGUCGUAGGAGUGCAUAUGAACAAUCACCACCUUUUGAGGUAUUAUGUGUACAGUGGGUUCUUCCUGUUCGGCAUGGCGCUCGCCUUGGUCGUGGUGUCGUUCGUCUUCGUGGGCUUCUUGGGCACUCUGCCCUUGCUUAAGUGGUGUAUGACCCACUUCUUCUGCCUUCUUAUUGUACGAAGCACAUACCUCGAAAUGGAAGAGCAGAGCCGACCGAAAUCCUUCGAAAUGCAGCACCUUUACAGCCCACCGGCACCUUUAAAUAUAUAAUUUUAUUUAAAAUAAAUAUAAGACUGAUGU